AUGGGUUCAACUUUACAUAUCACUUUAUUAACCCUGUCCUUCAACAACGUUGUGCUGUCGGAAUUGUUCCACUCGGAGGAGACCAUACCCGUCAUAAACAGUGUGAAGACCAGCGGUCGGCUCUGGAAAAGGAGCGAGGAUCAACAUAGCUUCAGAUUGACAGCUUUCGGCCAGGACUUCACAUUGAAUUUGACUCCGGAUGACUCGUUUGUUGCUCCAAAGUUAACCAUUCAGCACAUACAAUCGAAACAUCUGGCUGCGCUUUUCAACGGAACCAGAUCAGGGCAUUUUACCGGUGGUAUCAUCAAGACAGAGGGGAAUGGGGACGAGCUUAAAGGCUGCUUCUUCUCAGGGAAGGUGGACACCGACCAGGAAUCUGUUGUCGCGGUGAGCCUGUGCCACGGGAUGCAAGGGUUCUUCAUAGCGCAUGGGGAUGUGUAUCUAAUUCAACCCAAAGUUCUUGGCCAUGGUAAAACAGAGAGAUCAUUCUUGCAGGUACACAUUAUAAAAAGGAGAGUUUUGACCGAAGUACAAAAUUUGUCCAAGACUUUCCAAGCUUUUGAUCAGGUGAAGGAUAAAAGCCGUCUGGCCACAGAUGACAGCACUGCAUAUCCUGUUGAUGAUGCUGAGCUAGCGACGGGACGGAAGCGACGGUUUGUCUCCUCUCCAAGAUAUAUCGAGACGCUGGUCGUAGCCGACGCUUCAAUGACACAUUUCUAUGGAGACGAAAUAAAGCACUACCUACUGACUCUGAUGGCAAUGGCAGCGCGGGUCUACCGCCACCCCAGUCUGAAGAACUCAGUGAGCCUGGUGGUUGUGAAGAUGCUGGUGGUGGAGGACGAAGAUGUAGGACCCCAGGUGUCCAGCAACGGAGGAAUGGCCCUCAGGAACUUCUGUAACUGGCAGCAGCUCUUCAACCCCUCCAGCCAGAGGCAUCUGGAACACUACGAUACAGCCAUCUUAUUCACCAGACAGGACAUCUGUGGUCAGAGGAGCUGUGACACCCUGGGGGUGGCUGACGUGGGCACCAUGUGUGACCCCAAGAGAAGCUGCUCUGUAAUAGAGGAUAACGGUCUGCAGGCUGCCUACACCGUGACACACGAGCUAGGUCAUGUACUCAGCAUGCCUCAUGACGACUCUAAUAACUGUAUCAGAUGGUUCGGACACUUGGAUGGGCCACACAUGAUGGCAUCUGUGUUCUUUAGCCUCAACAAGACUUUGCCAUGGUCGCCAUGUAGCGCCCGCUAUGUCACAGAGUUCUUCGACAAUGGAUAUGGUGACUGUCUGUUGGAUCCUCCAGAGCAGACUCUCCCUCUCCCUGUUGAUCCCCCUGGUGUCUCCUACAACCUGGACCGUCAGUGCCAGCAGGCCUUCGGGGAGGAGUUCAGCCUGUGUCCGGACACCCCAGAGGACCAGACUUGCAGCCAACUGUGGUGCCGGGAGGAGGGCCAGCCACACUGCACCACCCGGAACGGCAGCCUGCCCUGGGCUGAUGGCACGCUCUGCUGGGCUGGGGCCGGGGCUGGCGCUGGGACCAACACCACCUGUCAGGGAGGUGUCUGUGCUGCAGUGACUGAUCAGCAGAAAAGAGAGGAGCCUGUGGACGGAGGUUGGGGUAUGUGGGGCCCCUGGGGGUCAUGCUCCAGGUCAUGUGGCGGGGGGGUGGAGUUUUCCCAGAGAGAAUGCACUGAUCCCAAGCCACAAAACGGAGGAGCAUACUGUGCGGGACAGAGAGCCAAGUACCAGACUUGUCACAUACAGGCCUGCCAAGAUGAGCAUGGUAAGAGCUUCAGAGAUGAGCAGUGUGAGAAGUACAACAGCAACCGAUACCUGGACAUCCAUGGGAACAUCAAGCAGUGGAUCCCCAAAUACAACGGUGUCUCACCCAGGGACAGGUGCAAACUGUUCUGCAGAGCAAGAGGCAGCAAUGAAUUCAAAGUCUUCGAGGCCAAGGUUGUUGAUGGCACCACCUGUGGCCCAGACACCACCUCCAUCUGUGUCCAGGGACAGUGCGUCAAAGCUGGCUGCGAUCAGGUGAUCGGCUCCAGUGUGAAGCUGGACAAAUGUGGCAUGUGUGGGGGUGAUGGAACAACCUGCAGGAAGAUCACUGGAUCGAUGAAUAAAGCCAUUUUCGGCUACAACGACAUUGUGACCAUUCCGGCCGGGGCCACCAACAUCGACAUCAAGCAAAAAAGCCACCGCGGGAUCAGACACGACGGCAACUACCUGGCCUUGAAGACAGAGGUUUCCUACAUCCUGAACGGGAAUUUCUCUGUGUCUACAGCAGAGCAGGACAUCCCAGUCCUGGGCGCCGUACUCCGGUACAGUGGUUCCUCCACCACCCUGGAGAGGGUCUUGAGUUACCAGAAGCUCCGACAGGCAGUCGCUGUCCAACUCCUGUCCACAGCCGGAGACGCCUCUACCCCUAGGGUCAAGUACAGCUUUUUUCUCCCCAGGAAUGUCCCCUUCACCAAGCCUGGAGCUGAGGGUAGAGCUUCGCUACAUGCGAUUCUGCCACUAGGGGGCUCAGAGUGGGCUCUGGGGGAGUGGUCUGAGUGCUCCAAGAGCUGUGGUUCAGGUUGGUCAAGAAGGAACGUAGAGUGCCGGGACGGGGCAGGCACCCUGUCCUUCUCCUGUGAUGAGGACCUGCGGCCGGCAGACAUCCGGCCGUGUGGGGACCUGCCCUGCCCUGUCUGGCAGAUGGGUCCCUGGUCGGCAUGCUCGAGGACAUGUGGUGUGGGGGUGCGCCAUCGAAGCGUGCUGUGUAUUGACUACACCGGUAAGAUGGUGGAAGUAGGAAAAUGUAACCUCGCCAAGAGGCCAGAGGUGGUUUCUUCAGAGUGCAGCUACCAGGACUGCUGAGUCUGUGCUGAUAAAGCAGGAAGGGAAAGGGCCGUUGGUGGCAGUGGUGGGAUCCAAGGCCGAGGGAAGUAGUGUAGUAAGCUAGUUAGUUAGUCAACUAACCAAUGCACAACCAUUUGUGUCAACUAACCAAUGCACAAGAGU